UGAAGUGAAGCUAAGUGCCGCGGAGGUGAAGGAGAUCGCCGUCGGCCUGGAACUGAGCGGGCUGCAUUUCGUUUGGGCAUUGAGGGCUGGGUCGGUACCCGCUGGGCUCGUGGAGAGCAUAAAGCAGCAUGGCCGUGGGCUGCUUUGCAUGGACUGGGUUCCUCAAAUUCGUAUCUUGGCUCACCCUUCCAUAGGAGGUCUCUUGUCGCACGCUGGGUGGAGCUCGGUUGUGGAAGGGUUGGCGUUUGGGCUGGAGAUGGUACUGCUGCCGAUGAUGUUCGAUCAGGGGCUAAUUGCCAGGAAAAUGGUGGAGAAGGGAUUCGGCGUCGAGGUGCCUAGGAAGGAGGAUGGGUCGUUCACGGGUGAUGAGAUUGCGCAGAGCCUGAGGUUCGCAAUGGUUGAAGACGAAGGGAAAGUGCUGAGGGAAAAGGCGAAGGAAUGCAGGAAUUUGUUCGGCGAUGAGGAACUGCAUGACUUCUAUGUGAGUGAAUCAAUCAAACACCUCAAGCGCCUGGUUGAAGCCGGCUUGUCAGUUUAAGUGGCAUUUACCAUUUAGCG